UUACAUAGACCAGAUAAAGGGAGGAACCCUGCUGACAAAUAGGCCACUAAUUAGCUGGAUUAUGUGUGUAAAAUGGUAUACUUAGAACCUUCCGAAUGAGUGUCAUGAGCUGGAUGUUUUUAACUGUGGCACAAGUGAUGUGGUCUCAGAAAAUCGAUAUCGCAAUGCUAUCAUCUGUUUUUGGCUUCACUCAAAUGUCAUGUAAAUCCAUCAAUAUCCUGUGACCUUUUAUUAUGGGACCUCGUAUAUAAUUUGCUGUUUUGUCUUUCUUUUCUCCUGCCCUACUGUUACAGGCUUGAUUACAUCAUGUCCAGAUAUCACUCCCCUCCUUUCCAGACCCUCUCAUUCCUCCACCUUGUCCUCUUCACCCUCUUCCAACUCUCCCUUCUUUCUCCUCUCCUUUCUCAAUCUCCUCUCAGCUGGACCUCUCCUUAUGAUCCCUGCUACCAUUUGGAUGGCCGUCCACGCCACUGCCUGUCUGAAUUCAUCAAUACUGCCUACGGGGUGCCUGUGAUCAUGGAAGAUCUCCAGCAAGGACCCAAGACGAAUAUCAGCACCUUAACAGAUCUUCAUAACCCCCACAAUCUGACAUGCUGGACAGCUGCCGAAGGCUUGAGUAGCGGGGAUUGGACUUUCACAGUUCCCCUGGAAAGACGCUUUGAAAUCACUUACAUUAGUCUUCAGUUUUGUCAACAAGUGGAGGCAGUGGAGUCUUACUCCAUCUCCAUCUUAAAGUCAAUGGACUUUGGCCGGAGCUGGCGGCCCCUACAGUUUUAUUCCAGUGACUGCAUGGGAACAUUUGGCCUUCCUGACCAGUCUAUUGCUCUGACAAAGCACCAAGAGACAGAGCCACUGUGUACAGAUCCCAGACCUCUGCAGAAGCACCGUGGAAGUGUUGUGCUGGCUUUCUCAACUUUGGAUGGACGUCCUUCCUCACCAGAUUUUGACUACAGUCCAGGGCUCCAAGACUGGGUUACUGCUACAGACAUAAAGAUAGUAUUUCACCUGUCAAUGGAUAAAAUAAAAAAGCAAGAAGAGAAACUGAAUGAGGUGGGACGUGCCUUAAGAGGGAGAGCAGGGGGAGAAAGGGGGAACACUAUUAUUCGGUUUGGGGAGAAAAAAACAGGGGCUAAAACAUCAGAAAUUUGGGGAAGUAGUCAAGAAAAAAAUAAAGAGCAAAAGCAAAGUGGCCAAAAUGUUACCCGGAAGGAGAUGGGAUCUCAAGGUAAAGAGGGAAGAGGUAGGGGAAGGAGCCACAACAAGGAAAGUUGGAAGCCGUGCCAGGAUGGCACAUGUGAUUGGUCUGUAAAUACAGAGCAGCAGGGCUCCAAGGGCCGAGAGUUGAGGAGAAGAAGAAACAAUGGAAGGAGGGAGAAGUCCCAUUCUAAAUCAAGAAAAAAGGCCACACAUCAACUCACCCCAUCUGCCCUUUACACUCCAUCUAAAGCACCUCUCUCCCUUUCCGACUUGCAGGUUGGAGGCAGGUGCAAGUGCAAUGGCCAUGCCUCCCGCUGUCGUCGUGACAACCAGGGACGUGCAGUGUGUCAGUGUGAACAUCACACAUCUGGACCGGACUGUGACGUUUGUGAGCAAUUUUUUUAUGAUCGGCCAUGGCAACGGGCCACGCCCAGCCAACCACACCCGUGCGUCCCAUGUGAAUGUAAUGGUCACUCUACGAAGUGUAGAUUCAGUAUGGCUGUGUAUCAACAGUCUGGUCGAGUCAGUGGAGGCAUUUGUUUGAAGUGCCGGCACCACACCACAGGACGCCACUGCCAGUUCUGCCAGAACGGAUACACACGUGACCACAGCAAACCACUCAGCCACCGCAAGGCCUGCCAAUCUUGCCAGUGCCAUCCCAUGGGUGCAGUGGGCCAUUGGUGCAACCAGUCCACAGGGCAGUGUUUAUGUAGAGAAGGGGUCAUAGGGCAGAGGUGUAACCGUUGUGCCCCUGGGUACAAGCAAGGCCAGUCUCCCCACCGACCAUGCAUCCGUAUUCAGGAGGUAGCACCACCCACCCCAGUUUACCAGCCCCAGUACAGCAUUGGCGAAGAGUGUCUUUCUUACUGUCCACCCUCCCAAGCUAAAGUCAGAAUGAAUUUAGAGACAUACUGUCUCAAGGACUAUGUGCUGAAGAUGCAGGUGAAAGGUAAGGAACGUUCAGGCCCCUGGUGGCAGUUUUCUGUGCUGGUCCAAUCAGUUUUUCACAUGGGUUCUUCACACGUAAAACGAGGCCUUCAGGCUCUCUGGGUUCCGGACCGAGACCUAAGCUGUGGCUGCCCUGCACUUCAGGUUGGUCGGACCUUCCUCUUGAUUGGUGCAGUGGAAAGUGGGCGGAGCUGGGUCCCUGAGGAGCAGCGAUUAGUCGCAGAUCGCACUACGAUGGCCCUACAAUGGAGGGAACACUGGAGCCCAAAAUUAAGAGGCUUCCGUGGGCAGGACAUCAAGGGAAAGUGCCUACAGAGAAACAACACUGCACAGAAACACUCUCAUUCAGACUCGUAUGAGGAAUACACACCGCCACAUCUUGAGAAACUGCAGUCUGAGCCACAUGCACCACAUAAACAUACACACUCAACACAUAAUCAUCAUCCGUCAACUGCACAACACAGAGGUUUAGACCUCGGACACACGCACAAAAGAGGAGAUACUCAGGACUUACAUAGAAAAGGCAUACAUGCAGAAAGGCAUCAUGGGCUAGUGAAGGACCGAAAGGCUGAAAAUGGCAGCCUCGGUGGUAGAAUUUAUCCAUCUGCCUCCCCUCAGGAUACACAGAAUUUAUUGCAGAACACCCAGGAUCCUUCCACAAGUCAUGCCAAUGAGCAUGAGCAGUACUACCAAACAGUGUGUCCAACAUGGUCACCUGGGUCUCCUGUCUGACAAAAUGAGAGAUUAUGAGCAUGGAAGAAGAAAUGGUGAAGAAAUUCCACUGGUGGACUUUGGCUCAGACGAAUGCAGACAGUGUAGGAUAUUUCAGUUGUCAGCCCUCUAGUCCUACUAUAAAGACUUUUGUCUUUUGAACAUUCAAGCCAGGCAUGAAGACACAAGUUAAAAGCCACUGUCACAAAUCUGGACAGACAAACUGUUAGAUCGCAUGUUAUAGUCACCCGAGAUACUAUCAUUAACACCAUCCUGUUCAGUCUACAGUGUUGUACUGCAUGGCUACUUAAAUUUACAGUUCGACAGAUGUGUUUUGUUAGACUGCAAAAGAUACAUUUUUAUUCAUACAACAGUAGAACAUUUGUUCACAGUCUGGACAUUGAGUGUGGGUAAACUAGUGAGUAAGACUGCAUUAUACUCCUACAAAAUCAAAUAAUUUUUUAUGUUUUUGUACAUUUUUGGGGCUACAAUGUCAUAUUUAAAAAUCGCACUGCACACUAUAGCAGUGAAUUCAGACUGUAUACAUCUGACAUACAAUAUGGUGCCUUCUUAAAUCUUAUGGUGAAAACUUCAAACUAUCAUUCAACAUGUUAGUGUUUAAAGCAUUUGCAUAUCAAAAUGUGAGAGAACCUCUUUGUUUUUAUUCUGAUUUACAUAACACUCUACCUCAUAAUAAAUGUUGU